AUGAAGGCAUUACCUAAGGAUUCUGGGAUUACCGACCGUCCGCCAAGCCCACCACAAGAAUACCUCGGACGUCAUCGACAAGUGGCGCGCCGCUGGGAGGGCCAUAUUUUGAAAGUGCCGCCCACGUCGUUGUGGGCCAGCUUGGUGACCGCGUCGUAUUUUGGAUCCACCGUCAGCGUGCUGGGGAUGCUGGAACCUGGCAGCGCGUUCGGGCUCGGUCUUCCGCUGCUACCGCAUCCGCUCGCCUCCCUUUUCUCGAUUCGUCCCUCCUCCACCCCGAAUAGUGAUCUACAAGAUAAAAUGAAUUCCUCCGCUUCAUCCACCGACUCUAACAGCGGGAACUUUGAUUUUCCAAUGUAUGAAUCUAAUGGAGAGACCCCUACAGCUAAAGUAAUUGAAUAUCGUCUCCAGAAAUUGGCGUGUUUUGAGAUUAAAGGAAUUGAUAUGAUUUGUCUACCUCAGGCCUACGAGUUAUUCCUAAAAAACCUCGUCGGCGGGCUGCAUACGGUGUAUACAAAAUUGAAACGUCUAGAGAUAUCGCCGCUAGUAUGUAAUGUAGAGCAGGUUCGCGCGCUUCGCUCCCUCGGCGCCAUUCAACCAGGAGUCAAUCGUUGCAAACUUAUUUCAUCUAAUGAUUUCGACAAACUAUAUGAUGACUGCACUAGCAGGCCCGGAAGACCAGCAAAAAGGCUAGCAGCUAUGGAAGAAUGGACCAGCAAACAGGUUCGGCAAGAAGGCCCUCUCGAAGUCGUAAACCCUCAAACGAACCAAGGAAUGAUAUUGGGCCAAUUCCUGCCCUCAUUCUCGCACCAUCUCCUCGUCCAACAAAUGCUGGCCGCCGCCACUGCUCAACACCAACAUUGCUCUGAACCCCAAAUGAUACGUGCCGAAGAGGUGGACGUAGAAAGCGGAAGCCCCGAAGAACAACCACCCCCGGAUUCUGCCCCACUAAACCUGUCAAAAUCUGAACAGCAAAAUAACAGCGAUACCACCUCGGACAAUGAUUCCCUGGAAAACAUGCGAAAAGAUGAGGAGGGUCCAAUGUCCGAGCGUGGCGGCUCUUCCGGAUCUGCCGGUUCCGGCGGGUCCUCAGCAGUCUCAUCCACAAAUUCAACAAAUCAAUCAGUAUCUGUUGAAGACGGCACAUUCGUCAUGGGGAAAAUCAUCCGUCUUGUCGAUAUGGCGAACGAGCACUUUAAAACGCAACGGGAGAUGCUGGCCAAAGAACGGGAAGACUUGGAGCAUAUGAAGUGUCGUCUACGUGAAGCCGAGAGUUCUGGAGACGGCCUUCGAACAAAACUCGAGGCGGCCAGACGAAGAGCGCGUGUGUAUUUCAAUCGAUUCUGCGUGGCGAAAAACGAGGCCCUAUCCCUUCGGGAGCAGCUUCUCGCCACCGGAAGAGCAUCAGCUGAUGGUGGAGCUGUAUCGCACCAAAGUUCCACAGACAGCUCCCUACCCAAU